AAUUUGAGCCUCCUUUUUUUUUUCUCUCUUUCUCUUUCUUAGGGUUUCGGCGAACCCUGCUCGUCGGCGAUGUCGCGCGUCCAGGGGACGGUGAAGUGGUUCAACGGAUCGAGGGGCUUCGGCUUCAUCUCGCCGAACGACGGUACUGAGGAUCUCUUCGUUCACCAGUCGUGCAUCAAGGCUGAUGGCUUCCGGACUCUCUCUGAUGGGGAACUCGUCGAGUUCAGCGUCGCUCAGGGCGAUGAUGGUCGGAUCAAGGCCGUUGACGUCACUGGACCUGAUGGAUCUGCUAUUCAGGGCGGUGGUGGUGGUGGCGGCGGCGGUGGUGGCCGCAGAGAUGCGUUUGGUGGUGGUUGGGGCGGCGGAGGGAGCCGUGGUGGUGGGUAUGGAGGCGGCGGCUAUGGCGGUGGGUAUGGUGGUGGGUAUGGUGGCGGGUAUAAUGGAGGGGGAGGUCGUGGUGGCGGUGGGAGAAGUGGUGGCCGCGGUGGUGGGGGUUACGGCGGUGGUGGAGGAGGUGGCGGUGGGGGUUGCUAUACUUGCGGUGAGGCUGGGCAUAUGGCCCGAGACUGCUACCAGAGCAGCGGCGGCGGCGGCGGCGGUGGCGGGGGUGGGAGGUACGGUGGUGGUGGUGGUAGCGGCAACGGCGGCGGAAGCUGCUUCAACUGCGGGGAAUCGGGGCACUUCGCCAGGGACUGCCCUGGAAAAAAUUAAGGUUGCAUAGAUCCCAACCUUUGCCUUCUCUUUCAUGGUUUUGUCUCGCCCUUUUGCUUAUGCUUCAUAAGGAUUGGGUAUAUGAAUUUCGUGUCUUGGUUUGGAUUUUGGUUUUUGAGGACCUGCGCUUUCGUUUUGGUAGUCAUGGGAGGAAAUUAUCAGAUGUUGAUAUGUCUUCUAUUGCAACGAUCUUAGUACCUUCGUUUGAUCUGGUUUAUGCUUAUGGAUUUGAAUUAUCUAUACAUUAAUUUUGCUUGUGCCUCA